AUGCGAGUGUCGAUGUUAUUGAGUGCACUGAUUGCACUAGCCAGUGCCGAACCAUCGCUGUAUUUUAAAGAGCAGUUUGACGAUGGGGGUGAGUUCCAUUCAUUUCGUGUAGGCUGCCGUUAUUGCCAGAGUCGUCUGGCUAUUGCGAACUAGCCUGGCAGCUAGCUGGCAAUAUUUUAGUUAACUCCGUGAGCUAAUCUAACAAUGAUGAAGCAACAAUGCAUGUCUAGUUUGCAUUUUAGCCACACCGAGUCACUUGCAAAAAUGGCUAGUUAAAUGUGACUACCUAGCCAACUGAUGACGCUAGCCUAAUUCUUAAAUGAACCUUUAGCUACAUUGGUAUUAUUCAACCAUGCCAAUGUUGUGGCCUUUGUUGCUAGUACUUGAUUCUGUUUUUGCUAUCAGAUGCUUGGAAUACCCGGUGGGUUGAAUCCAGCCAUAGGUCUGACUAUGGGAAAUUUGUCCUGACAGCUGGGAAAUUCUAUGGAGAUCCAGAGAAAGACAAAGGUAGCUAUCGUGUCAUGAACCUGAGGCUUCACGCAGUUUAAUAAAAAAAUCUGCACGCUAAAGAUAAGCUUGUUCAAUAUUUUUAUUCUGCUAAAGUUAUGACGGACCAUGUGAUGAAAUAUCUGCUCAGUCAGUUUUGUGACCCCACCAUUGUUCUGAGAAUUUCAGAAUCAGUCUGUCUCUUACACAUUUCUGCUUAUCUUCUCCACCGUGGAGCAGGAGACAACUCUGAAGUUGAAGCAGUCCAAAACAUAUCUUAUUCCCCUCAGGUCUCCAGACCAGCCAGGAUGCCCGCUUCUAUUCUUCUUCUGCCCGAUUUGAGCCCUUCAGCAACCAGGGCAAGACCCUGGUGAUCCAGUUCACUGUGAAGCAUGAGCAGAAUAUCGACUGUGGAGGAGGCUACAUCAAACUCUUCCCCGCUGACCUCGACCAGGCAGACAUGCAUGGAGACUCCAACUACAACAUCAUGUUUGGUAAAGUCCACCAUUACCAAUGAGAUAAUGAUGGUACUAGCAUAUGAUUGAUAACCACUUUCUCUUCGUUGUUACCGUACCCUCAUUCAACAAUUAGAUAAAUGGUUGUAUAUUUCAUUUGUAUCGCUAAUCAUAGUGUUUUACCCAUCUCCAGGUCCAGACAUCUGUGGCCCAGGCACCAAGAAAGUUCAUGUCAUUAUCAACUACAAGGGCAAGAAUCACCUCAUCAGCAAGGACGUCAGAUGCAAGGUACAGCAUAUGUCACAAAUGAGCUUUUCCCGACAUGUGAUGUCCUCAUCGGGUGGAUCAAAUCAAUCUUCUUUUUUUUGUUUUCCAGGAUGAUGAGUACACUCAUCUGUACACUCUGAUCCUGAAUCCUGACAACACGUACGAGGUGAAGAUUGACAACAAGAAGGUGGAGUCUGGAAGUCUGGAGGAGGACUGGGAUAUUCUGCCUCCUAAGAAGUUCAAGGACCCAGAGGCCGUGAAGCCAGACGACUGGGACGAGAGGGAGAGGGUGGAGGACCCGGAUGAUAAGAAACCAGAGGUGGGUAGAUACCGGUAGACACCUUGUCUGUCUAGACCCAUGGCUGUUUCUGCAUUCAAAAAUGCUACGCUAGCAAGCCACAUUAUUGUAUUGGCAGGACAAUGGCAGAAACAGACUGGCUGACCAGGUAUCUAGCCAGCUACUCUGAUGCAAAAGCAAUCCCUUUUGUUGAUCUUUUAUGAGUAGAAUGUCUUUCAUGAUUUUGCUUUGUUAAUGUGUGGUAAAUGAUUCAAUGUUGUCAUUUGUCAGGACUGGGAUAGGCCAGAGAACAUUGCUGACCCUGACGCUAAGAAGCCUGAGGAUUGGGACGAUGAGAUGGACGGUGAAUGGGAGCCACCCAUGGUCUCCAACCCUGACUAUAAGGCAAGCAGUCAGACACUUCAUAACUGGGGGCUACAGUGUUUUCCUGGCCCUACUCCCUUGGCAGGACCACAUUUAGUUUUUUUAUUAUGUGACAUAGAGUAUGACAGUCGUUUUCUCUAUUGCUGCUUCAGUCAUAUGAACAGCUGUUUCAUUGAUUUGUUUGCCUUCGCAGGGCGAAUGGAAACCCAGCAAGAUCGAUAACCCUGACUACAAGGGCAAAUGGGUGCAUCCUGAUAUUGACAAUCCAGAAUACAGCGGAGACUCUGAAAUCUACAGAUUCGACAGCAUCGGCGUCAUUGGCCUGGACCUGUGGCAGGUACUGUGGAGGACCUUAUUCAGUCGUUUCAAUACCUUAAUUAUUGAUAAGUAAUGUUAAAGAGUGGAAUCUUAUUGAAAAGGAUUCCGUUUGUGAUCAUUAGUUUAAAAGGCUCUAUCUUUCCAUUUAAUUGAAAGAGAAAAUGCGUCCCUGAAAUAAUAUUUUUGGCCAGAAAUAUUUGGACUAAUUCAGACGUGUUCAUUGCUGUCACAGGUGAAAUCUGGGACCAUCUUUGAUAACUUCCUGAUCACAGACGACGCUACGCUGGCAGAAGAGGUUGGCAAUGAGACCUGGGGUCAGACUAAGGUCAGUGGUACUCACCUCUCAGGUUCAAACUUUAAUACAUACCCACUGGGCACAGACGUCAAUUCAACGUCUAUUCCACAUUGGUUCAAUGUAAUUCAUUAAAAUGACGUGGGCACAGACGUUAAUUCAACGUCUAUUCCACGUUGGUUCAAUGUAAUUCAUUAAAAUGACGUGGAAACAACGUUGAUUUCAGAUCCUUAUGAAGACAUAUUUGCAACGUUGCCUAACAGCACACUACAAACUGUAAAAAUGCUAAUUCCUGUGGUUUGUUAAAAUGGCUGUCUCUCUGUUUCAUGUUCUAUAGGAUCCAGAGAAAAAGAUGAAGGAGUCCCAGGAGGAACAGGAGAGGAAGAAACUAGAGGCGGAAGAGAUGGGGAGGAAAGAAGAGAAGGAGGAAGAGUUAGAGGACCGUGAGGAGGAAGAGGAGACUGGAGCAGAGGAAGAAGAGGAGGAAACAGACUCUAUAAAGGAUGAACUUUAG